GUAGUAUCUCGGAUUGGUGUCAGCACUCACACAUUUUAAAGAAAACAAACCAUCCCCUGCCCGCGGCCCUGCCUCAGUCCCUAGAUGUAUCGGUGCUGCCUGUUCAUUCUCGAUUUGUGUGUCAGCGAAGCAGUGCGCGCCGGGACGUAACGAGUUCUUUGUUUUUCUUUUUUUUAGUGCAACUAAUAUACAUUGUUUGGAUCUCUGCGAACUUAAAUAUGCCAAAACGCACUAGAAGCGAUCGACAUCGCUCCGGUGAUACCGAAACUAGAAAACUUCGAAAAAUAAUUAACAAUUUGGAUGCUCGGUUACGCGCCAUGGAAAAGCAAGGCCGCCCGUCUCGGUCUCGAAUACGACGCAUAUCCAAUUCCCCUUCUUCGUCGUCGAGUGACUCAUCAUCUCGCUCCUGCUCGACGUCGGACGCUGCUAGCAAUGAGAACACCCCUCGAAGGUCAACCACCCGUAGAUCGCCUUUUGCCGAUGCUCUCGCAGAAAAUGAUGUAAGGUCCGAGGAAAUUUCAUUCUUCCCAGCGCCUUUAAGUGAGGAUGUCAUAGACAUACUGGGGAAGAAAGACACCUCUCCUGAACCACUGGGGCCAAAAAUUCAUGAGGAUUUGCUCCUUCGAUGGGAAAAAAUUUUGAAGACGGGCCUAUCUGAUGACGAUAGAAAAUCCCUUCUGUCUAAACUCCCUCCGCCUGAAAACUUUACAACAUUAUCUGCUCCACUGCUUAACCCUGUAGUACAAAAAGCGAUUUCUCCAUCUAACUUAUUGAGGGAUGAGCGACUGACAAAACUACAGUCUUUAGUUGCGGCAAGCCUUUCUGGCAUUGGCCAGAUAAAUUGGAACUUGCACCGGCAUUAUCAAGAGGAGAACCAAUGGAGCUGUGGCAGUUGGAUCGAAUACACGUUGGUGGUGGUACUGGCGAGUGUACUGCUCCUGGGAGCACUUGCACUAACCCUCUUCUGGAUACUACAGUACCAUGGCGGGUUCGCCUGGAGGGAAAACCCAGAUAAGCAGUUCAACCUGCAUCCAGUGCUCAUGGUUGCUGCUAUUCUACUGUACCGGAUUUGCCGUUGUUGCCGUCGGAUCUACGUGAAACUACUACACACGGUGUUCCAUGCUUUGGCGAUACCAUGCGUGGCUGUUGGAUUCCUCGCCGUGCUCGAUUCUCACAACUUAAAGCAACCAAAUCCGAUCCCGAACUUCUACUCCUUGCACAGCUGGAUCGGGUUGGUCUGCAUGGGACUCUUCGCCAUACAGUUCGUGGUAGGCUUCUUCAGCUUUCUGGUCCUGCUCUGCUGCGAGGGGGCCACAGCAGGAUUUAGGGCAUCCUUGGUGCCUAUCCAUGCCUCAUUUGGCCUAACGACGUUCAUACUAGCCAUAGCGGCUGCCCUCACCGGACUCACAGAAAAGGUUAUGUUCACGCUUGGAAGUUUAAAAAAUACAGCCACUUUGAUAUGGACCUUAUUCAUUUUAUUAACUGUAACACUUCAUUUGCAAAAACGACUUUACACGUUAAUUUUGAUUUUCCCAAUAUUUUUAUCAGUAGUAACUGUCAACAGAUGCUCAGACUUCCAGAGGAAUGAGCAGGCGCCCAAUGGCGCCCCAAGAGCCUCGGAAACCCAGCAGGCGCCUCCCAGCAAUGGAGACGCGCCAAAUGUCAAUGAAGUCACGGUGGAAGAAGGACAGGAGCGAUUCUAGAUCGAUCAUGGACGUUGCUCUUUAGGCUAACACGAUCAGGAUAUAGUGGUUGGAUUUUGGAAAAGUCAUGAAAUAUCACCUAUAAUUUGAUUAAGUUGUAUGCUACGAUUUGUAUUUUAGACUUUUACUAGGUGCCAUGUACCAUGUCAUACGCAAAGAAUAACGAAUAAAGAGAUAAAUAACGUCGGCCUACACACAGUGCCAUGAUGUAGCAUGACCGUUCAUAUUUAUGGCGAACUGUUGCCAUCCUUUUGUUCACAUCACAAAGCUAUUGACUAUGCUUCUUGAAACUUUGGGUCUAUACCACACUUUUCGAAAAUCUAUCUCACUACCUUUGUUAUAUGAUCAACAUUCCCAUGAUUUUUGAAAAAUAAUUUAAUUUCAGCAUUGAAAAGUAUGUACAGCUUAUCCGGCCAUAAAUUGCCCACUCCUUGUGCCUUUUUUAAAUGAUAGUUUAGAAAAAAAUUGUACUGAAAAGUAAUGGGAUCUAUUAUAAACCUGUGUGUGCAAUGCUUUUUUGACUCUGAAAAAUGCUAUCAAAUAAGAUUGUGUUUUUUAAACGUGACACCAUGUAUAUUUUUAGUGAAAAUUAUGGUCGCUUUCUUUCUGAUUCCAAAUAUGUAUGGUUUCUUAUACUGCGUAGACGGCUAAAUCUGUACCUAGCUAGUUUGAGCUCGGUUACACAUGAAUAAAUAGCACACACAAUUUUAGCUUUUGUUAAAACUAGUGAGAAUAAGAAGGAUGAAUAUAUAUUUGUAAUCAGUAAAUAAGGUGUCUAUUUUGCAAAAAUACAACUUUACUAGGUGGCACCUUUCUUAGACAAAAACAAGAUGUGUGAAAGACUUCAUCUCAGACUAAAUAACUUUUGCAUAGAACUAUUUUUUCUUAACGAUCAUAGAAAAAAGUUAGAUCUGGACAAUUCAUAGCGAGACACCCUGUACAUCUCACCUGAGCUAUGUCGAUAAUGUGCAUGUACCUUACUCCUAACUAUCCAGGAGUUUCAAAGACGUGCACAAAUUUUGUUGAAAUUAAUCCAGGCAUGUGUGUCAAUUUCUGCUACGUAGAAGGCGGUAAAAAAAUUGCAAUAAUAAAACAAUAUAUAGGUAUUGACUCUUAACAGCCUUCUUAAUUAUCUGAAAUCCACCAGCCGUAUCAGUUUUAAUUGUUCUCAAAAAUGACACUACACAUCAUUGAAGCUUUGAAUUCCGCAGAAGGGCUAGAAACAUUUCUAAAUCGAAAGUGAUUUUGUGAAACAUCGAAUUUAAGGCAAAAUGCAUCAUACAUUACAUCCGCAUUCUAAAAACAUGGUGUACAAUAUUGCAAGUAUCAAAUGUAUACAUCAAAGGCCUAAAGAAAAAGCUAAUAAUCAAAGUAGCAUAUUUAUGCAGCGAGUAGAAUCGAACAUAAAGCAUUAUAUCUCAUAACCCAUAACAAUGACCAAUGUGAUAAAUGCAUGGAUAAACGCAAACGAAACACAAUUCGAUUCUACAACGAAAACCUAUUGUGACUUGAUCGCUAUGCCAAACUAAUUGUAGUUGUAUUUUAUAAUAGGAAAUGUAAUCACUAAAUGUCACUACUUCUUCAUUAUUCACUAUCAUCCUCCUUGUUUAUAUUCCUCCAAAUCUUACUGUGGAGACUUAUGAAACUUUUUUUGAAG